ACCUCAACGCAAACCACAUUAAAUCGAACAAACCAAAACUAUAAUACUAAAAUAUUUAAAUUUUUCAACAUUUUCAUUAUAUAUUAUCCAAAAAUACAAUGCAGAGAAAAGCUAAACCUACAUUGAAAUAUAAGAUUCCCAUUAACUGGAUGUUUGAUAUGAAUCUUCGGGUCAAAAGCGAGUUUAAGCUGUACAACUUAAUGCCAGGGAAUGGCUUCCGAUGUCGACUAUUGCGUCGCUGUCACGGGAAGGAGAUUUCUGGAUAUAUAGUAUUCACCCAUGGCGCAAGUCGAGCUUUUGGGGUAAUGAUUGGGCAGCGAAAACAUAUAAGCGAGAUGAAGGACUGGCUGUUGAGUUCUUGCAUUCCAGAACCCUUUACCAAGCGUAUCAAAUUCUCAUCCUUCAAGAUAAACUUCAAUCCGAACCGAGAAAGUUUUCAUGUAAAAUAUACUCUUCCGAAGAACGCUAAAUUCCUGGGCGAUAUGGAUGAUAAUUACUUUCGCGACAAAAAGUGCAUGGGAAAACCAAAGAAACGAAGAUGCAAAGAACUCGGUGAAUAUGCCGAUUUCUAUAGUCCAGAAUUCUUUGCCAAGUCAAAACCUCAGCCGGAAAACUUUGAUAAUGCAAGCACAACAGUCAACACUGAUGCCACCUAGGCAUUUCUCGCAGUGUAGAUGCGACUCGUGCUGGCCAUUGUUCAACACUAUUUGCGCUACUCAAUCUCUUAAUUAAAUAUGCGACUAACUGGCAGCUCGAAGGCACUCGAAGAGUGGCCCAGACAUCGUCGUUUAGUGUCGAAAUUGUGCAA